AUAUGGGUACCAGCAGCUGACACGUCAAGCACCCAGAAUUUUGGGGAAAGUUCCCUAAAAAGAUUGCCUUACCUGAAAUGACUACAUUUAAAAAAAUAUAUAUUAUUUUAUUUGAAAAUAAAAUUUUGAUUUCAAUUAAGGAAUCUUAACAUACUUUAAGAAUAAUCCUUAACAAAUUUUUAUUUUUAAGAAUAAAAAUAUUCAUUAUUAUUAUUUUCAAAAGCAUCAUUCUCGCAUUUUAAAAUAAAAAAUUAUUGUUAAUAUUUAUUAUUUUUAUUUUCAAAGUAAAAAAGGAAAAAAAAAAUUGACAGUUUUAAAAGGGCGAAACGGGUGACAGUGUUAUAGGGUCACAGGUGGGUGAGUCAAUCAGGGCUCUUUAAGAUAAACCCUCCUCCAGGGUUUUAGAGCUGCUGCUCUACAGGUGGAAUUUUUUCUUUCUGCUGUUUGGUUGCUGAGAAAGUGCUGGUAAAAAAGGGUGCGUUUGGAUAAUCGUGUUUGGGGUUACUAGGCUACUCUCGACCCUGGAAGUUGCCUCAAUCUCAUUUCUCUCACGUAUCGCGGUAUAGGCAAUAUAAGUAAUAAAAGGGGAAAUUGUGUAAGUAUGGCAAGCAUGUUCAUGGCACCUACCUUCAGUCUUCUUUCCGUCAAUAGAAGCAGCAGUGGAUGCAGAAAGCCAGACUGCACUCCUAGGCAGUAUCAUGCUAUAACAAUGAGGAUAGAGAAACCUCUGGAGGAGUUAUACAAUGUGAGGGUGGAAAGGCAAGUGUCACCAAAGCGACUGGAAGAGCUGGGGGUUUCACGAUGGUCGAUAUGGAAGACUGGCAAAUCUAGGUUGCCUUGGGAUUGGCAUGUGGACCAGUUGGUUUACAUUGAGGAAGGGGAGGUGAGGGUUGUGCCUGACGGAAGCAAAAAAUACAUGCAAUUUGUGGCAGGAGACCUUGUUCGCUAUCCCAAGUGGUUUGAGGCUGACCUCUUCUUCAAUGGUCCCUACCAGGAGCGCUACCGCUUCCGAGCAUAUGGGGAUGACUAGUAAUUCUGCAUUACAUUUUUUCUGAAAGUUUGUUUUGGGUUCUGAUAUCCUCUCUUCUCCUUUUUUAAUCUUGGGUUCCUCUAGAGAGAUACACACUCCCCUGUGAACUUAAGACCAGUUUUCUGAUGUAUAAGUGUAUCAAUUUUAGUUGCGGCCCAAGUGAAUAGAAAUGAAUCAGAAGUUAAUGUACACUUUGAUUAUGCAUUUUUUGUUUAAACCAA